UUACUUGAGCCCACGAUAAUUGCGGUCUCGAGCAUCAUGGCGGCGCAAGAUAACACGCGCCCUCUUCAAACCUGCGAGCUGCGAGCCAUGUUUUGCGAACACGGCCUUCUUGAUAAAGCGGAUGGCUCUUCAAAGUUUGCCCAAGGUGACACACAAGUGAUGGCUGCCGCGUAUGGCCCUGUCGAGGUCAAGCUUAACAAGGAACUGAUUGACAGGGCUACACUUGAGGUGAUCUUCAGACCAAAAAUUGGUAUCCCAGGUUGCUCUGAAAAGCUUGUAGAAGGGAUAAUCCGGAACAGCUGUGAACCGAUCGUGUUAACAGCACUACACCCAAGGGCUUCACUUACAAUAGUUGUUCAAGUUGUACAGAAUAGCGGUUCACUGUUAUCUUGUGCUGUGAAUGCUGCAUGCCUGGCGAUGAUGGACGCUGGCUUUCCUAUGAGGUGUAUGAUGUGUGGCAUCACAUGCGCCAUCACUGAGCAGGAUGAGCUCGUUCUAGACCCUACCCUUGAGCAGGAAAGGAAAGCCACCGCUGUCCUGACUUUUGUUUUUGACAGUGUGAAUCAAAACCUGUUAACUUCUUCCACAAAGGGAAGCUUUGAUGUAGACCAGUAUAACAAAUGUCUUGCUGCAAGCAAAGCUGCUAUGGGAAACAUCCUAGCGUUUUACAGACAGUCAGUUGAGAGGAAACUCUCGAAGGAUGCAAAAUACACAGAUAUGAUAACAAAUGCUGUCUCCAGCGAGGCUGAAACAGUGAGUUAGUAAGAACAUAGUAAACAAGGAAUAAAUUAUUGUACCCCAUAGAAGGGUAGGCAAGCUUUACUUUGGAACUCAAAGUUAUGCCUUCAUCUGGACACUACUACAGUAAACAAUGAUUGGCAUAGUGUCAUGUUUAUCAUGUACUUCAAUCAUCAAUGUCCAAAACUCCUGGUUUCUUCACUGAUAGGAAUUAAGGUGAAGAUAUACAAACAGUAUAUUAAACAUUAGUGAAAUGCUAGCUGUAUUUGGAAAUAAAAAGGUAUGACAUCAGCUACAGUACAGUAACUCAGAUGAAUGUCAAGGCUUUGUAAUAUUAGCCAAAAGAAAGAUAAAAAAAAUUGGAUGAUGAAUUAUUCUGUAAAUUGAUAUUUUUGGGUUUUGGUUGUGUAUAUAUUUGGUAUUAUAUAUAGCAAUUAAUCAUCCACAUACUAAGCAUUUUACUAUUAUUUUCAAUAUUAAAGCUCUCUUUGAACUGAG